CUAGUAAGUAAGGACAUCUUCUCGGACCGAAGGCUCAGAUCGACUGACUCAGAGACUGACCCUCUCCCCCCUUAUACACUUGACGACAUAAUCAAUUACUGAACCCUGAAUCUCCCUCGCCCGGCGAUGCCGGACUAUGAUGGACGGUUAUGCCUGAUGUGGCAGGGAACCCAUUCAUGCGAAUAAUAGCUCGUCCUACCUUUUGCGUCAGCAUAUCGAUGAUGUUGGGAGAUCUCUGCUGUCACAGUGGCAUUGCCGUCGAUCAUAUGAAUACUGGUUCACUAAUCCAGAGCUGUCCCGUAGAACAUGGCUCGAGAACAUGCAGGCACUGAUGUUGCUGCCAUCAUCGUCCCCUUAUUUAAUCCAUGUCAAUGAUGUUUAAAAGGUAAAUAAUCCGAUCAUUCUCGGUGUUUGCUGGAGGAGUAGCUUUCCCGUCCCCUCCGCGCUGUCAUUCAUUUUCCCGGGGCCACCUCGUUAGUGCCCAUCAUGACUCCCAUUCACUUCGUCACUCUUUUCUUCACAUUUGUUUCAUUGUGCCAUGCCCAGCAGCUCCAGCAAGAAAGCGCCGAAUACAUCAUUUUUGCAAAACGGGGCACCACGAAAGCAGACGCUGAUGGGUUUGCCAACGCCCUCAAAGCUCUCGUGGGCGAGGCGGCCGAAAUCGACUCCAUCUUGGACUUGAACGGAGUUCCCAUUAUGUGGCGAGCGCAGCUGAAGCCCGACCAGCUCGACAAGGUAAAAGCUGAUCGCGUUAUCGCCGGCGCCGUACCAAACGAAAGAAUCAUACCCCACGACCCAACAACACCCGACGGUGCCGAUGAUGUCGAUCCAGACGUCGAGCCUUUUCUGGGACCAGCCCCGGUUGAAUCGACCACUGUGGCGAAGAGAGCAAACUAUAAACAGGAACCGACUCCGAGGAACAGGAUAAUCGACCUGCGCAUCCUUUCGACGCCGCCGCAGGCGAAAAGCAUUGCGCCCAACUUCUACUACGAAGACCCGGCUGGCGAGGGCAUCACCAUCUACCACAUCGACGUCGGCCCGUUCCAUCUGGACCAUGACGAGUUUGCGACUGCCUCCGGGGCUACUCGUCGAACCAUCGACGUCAGCGUGAAUAAAAAGGACAGCGACGAAGACGCUGAUCAUGGGACAUGCGCUGCUUCCAAGAUUGUGGGCCGGACGACCGGGACAGCGAAGCGCUCCAAUCUCGUUGUUAUCCGGAUAGACCUGAACGGCGGGGGCGUCAUCUCUGGUUUCAAGGCCGCCGCCGCUGACAUUUUUGACAAAAAACUACAAGGAAAGGCCGUUGUGUCAACCUCGAUUGGGCUAACAGCGGAUGAACCGGAUGUUGUGGGUUGGGUUCGCGACGAGGUCAAGAAACUCCUCCUCAUGGACGUUCCCGUCGUGUGCGCGUCUGGCAACAGUGGUAAGGCGGGAGAGGUUGUCGCCGUAAACACCUUACCGGCCAUCUUGGCCAAGGACCUGCCCUUGAUCGUGGUAGGGUCGGCUAACAGGAGGCUCGAGAAGUCCCGGUUCAGUCAGCAGGGACGCCUCGUCACCACCUGGGCCGUCGGCGACGAAGUCAGGUGUGCCAACUUCAAGAACCUCGCCGAACUGAAGUCCAACAGCGGCACGUCCUUCGCCGCGCCCCAAGUCGCCGGCAUCGCGGCCUAUUUCAUGUCGCACCCGACCUUCAGCACCCGUCUCCGCAAGGGCACUGUCGCUGCUGACAUGCGCGACCUCAUCCGCAAGUCAUCGUUCCCGCGCAUCAGAGAGGCCGGAUACCCUCCCAUUGCUUGGAAUUUGUGGGGUUUGCGCGAAGCCUGUUCCCCCAAACCGGCACCACCAGGGAGGCGGUCGAGGAUGGGCGCCGUCGAAAGUCGUGCGCUCCCUGCUUGCUCUCUCGUGCCUUGAUUGGAACAUCAGCGACUCCCCUCCGUCCCAGAGGAGACCCUUCAGCAGCAGCAGCACCAAAUGGAGGAGCGACAAGCCUCCGCCUCGGCGCCGUACAAGCCGACGAGAGCAACCGAAUCCAGGGUCCGAGACUACCUCCACAUAUACGACCUUGCGAUCAAAGGCUGCCCAUCUCUGGAAUCCCAGUUGUGGGAUAAAAGAGGGCCGAGACCGAGAGAGUCAACUCACCAUCUUAGCCCAAAGUCUACGACAUUAACGUCACUCGUUCUCGCUACUGGCUCUAUAGUACUUCCUACUCACAAAUGAUAAUACCUAUGUCCAUCUUGUGGUUUAGUUGGACAAUAGCGGCAUAACAGCCAUGGUUUUAUAGAAAAAAGUAAGAAAGAGAAGGGUAGACAAGUAGUUAAUAAUAACUCUGAGCGUGUUGGCAAACUAUGAUUCUCGGAGAGAAGUAUGAUGCUCUUCCAGUCGAC